CGGCACGAGGGAGGGUUGGAGGGCGAGUGGGAGGAAGGCGAGCGACAACGAGAAUGGUGCAGUCGAGCGGGAUGUGCAGUUUGGAGGAGUGUGCAGAAAAGCUUCGGCAGCCAUCGCUAUGGGCAGAGUCCACGAUGUUCGAUCGGAUACUCUACAAGAACAACAACCAGCAUCGGUGUACAUUGUAUUUCCAACGUCUGCGUGCCGUGCGGCAAGGAAUGAAUCUGCUCCGGAAAGUCGGUCUUCAUGAGCACCUGCAGGAUCUCUGCAUCAAGCUGCGAUCGAGACCCGAUGCAUCCUCCUGCUCCUCUUCGCCCUCCGAUGAGGAGUACGCGCAGGUACAGAACGUACUCAAGCGCCUGUGGGCUGGAGCGAAGCUGAUGAGCAGGAUUAACAGAGCUGCAUUGAUAGCCGCUGCAAGGGUUGCGACCCUCCUUGCGUCUCAAACCUUUGGGAGAAUGGCCGCGAUCGCCUUCGGUUGCCUGUCCCGAUUCCAUGUCCUUCUGUGCCAGAUGAUUUGUGACACUGUGCCUGCAUACAACCUGCUGCUGAGCACUGCAACUGAGCGAGGGUUCGAUCUCGGGACCUUGCUGGAAGACCCAAAGCUGCCGCCUUGCGGUCAUCUCUUGGAUGCUGAAAGGUUACCUGUGAAACUGGAGGAACAGGUUUCGAAACCGGAGAGCGUCGGCGUGAAGGCCGUCUUCGAUAGCACGAGGCGGAAGCCGAGGGCGGCGGGGGGUGCUGGUCCGCAUCCUCGCGGUGUUGAACAGGCAGGGAGGGGGGGGAGUGGUGGCCGCGUUGGCCCUUCCCAGGGUAGGGGGGAUGGUGGUCCCAACCCUUCCCGGGGUAGGGGGGAUGGUGAUCCCCACCCUUCCCGGGGUAGCGGGGAUGGUGGUGAUCAGCCUACCCGGGGUAGGGGGCCGGAUGGGGAAAGUGGCAAUUACGAUGGUUCUGCUGCAAAUCCGUCUUGCGCACAACCCGGCAGAGGAGAGAAAAGGCGGAAACGCACUCGGGCAGCGGCAUUACGACCAUCGUCUGAAGCAAAAGAGCAUCUUGCAGAUGGUCGUGGAGGGCUUCGACAACAGGAGAACGAAGCGCCAGCAGUGGCAGGGCAGCAGGCAGGCAGUAAUGACACGCGUGCGUCGACCAGUGGCACGGCUGACGACACUCCCAAAAAGAGAAAGGUAGUGACACCUGUAGCGAGGUCGGGGGGGAAACGCCUCGGUCAUGGUGGUCAUCUUCCUAGGGAUUGGAGGUUUCUGGAAAAAGACGGCUAGCAUGAAGGGUGGAUGAUUGUCCCACCCCCCUCAGACCCGUGGUUAAGCAGGGGGGUAAACACUGAAAUCAUGAUUUGUUGGCCAUAUUUUUUUUCUGUUUUUUUUUUUUUUUUUUUUUUUUUUUUUUUUUGGGCCUGUUUUUCUUUGAGUUCAAGAACAAGGAUGUUGUGUGUCAAAUUUUGUGUCGUUUGGACCCCAUUGGAAGGAAGCGUCUGCGGUAUGCAUUUCUUCAAAAUUUCUUCAAUGUCUGAAAAUUCUCAGAAGGUAAAUUUUUCCUUAAAAACCACUACCAAACCUCCAAGCCUGUUUUUGCCGACCCUGAAUUAUAGUUUUAUAGUGCACGCCGAC